AUGCUAAGGACAUUGGCAUCUGGGCUAUUGAUUUCAUCAUUCCUCUUUUCGAUUUCAGCUGCCGAUAAUGGGUUUCCCCGGUGUAAUUGUGAUGAGGUUGGUUUUUGGAGCACUGAGAGCAUUUUGGAGUGCCAAAAAGUGAGUGAUUUCUUGAUAGCAGUGGCCUAUUUUUCAAUCCCAAUUGAGCUGCUUUACUUUGUUAGCUGUUCAAACGUUCCAUUCAAAUGGGUACUCUUUCAAUUCAUUGCUUUCAUUGUUCUCUGUGGAAUGACCCAUUUGCUCAACGGCUGGACUUAUGGCCCCCACCCAUUUCAGCUAAUGCUUGCUUUAACCAUUUUCAAAUUUCUCACUGCAUUGGUCUCUUUUGCCACUGCUAUAACCCUUAUCACUCUCAUCCCUUUGCUGCUCAAAGUGAAGGUGAGAGAAUUAAUGCUAAGGAAGAAGACUUGGGAUCUUGGUCGAGAGGUUGGAAUCAUAAAGCAGCAGAAAGAAGCUGGGUGGCAUGUUCGGAUGCUCACCCAAGAGAUCCGCAAGUCACUUGAUCGGCAUACCAUAUUAAAUACAACUCUGUUUGAGCUAUCGAAGACACUGGAUUUGCAGAACUGUGCUGUUUGGAUGCCAAAUGAACAUAAAACUGAGCUGAACCUAACCCAUGAAUUGGAAGGGAGGAAUUUUUCAAACAGAUAUAAUUUCUCAAUCCCAAUUAGUGAUUCAGAUGUGAGAGAGAUUAAGGGGAGUGAUGGAGUAAAGAUACUUGGCCCCGAAUCAGCACUUGCAGCUUCAAGCAGUGGAGGAACUGGGGACAUAGGAGCUGUGGCUGCAAUUAGGAUGCCAAUGCUGAGAGUUUCAAACUUCAAAGGUGGAACUCCUGAGAUGGUCCCAGCCUGUUAUGCAAUACUUGUUUUGGUCCUUCCUGGUGGACAAAGUAGAUCUUGGAGCAAAGAGGAACUUGAAAUAGUGGAGGUGGUUGCUGAUCAGGUGGCUGUGGCUCUCUCACAUGCUGCGGUGCUUGAAGAAUCCCAGCUCAUGAGAAAUAAAUUAGUGGAGCAAAAUCGAGCCUUGCAACAGGCGAAACAAGACGCAAUGAUGGCAAGCCAGGCGAAACAAGACGCAAUGAUGGCAAGCCAGGCAAGGAACUCGCUUCAGAUGGUAAUGAGCAAUGGCUUGAGAAGGCCCAUGCAUUCAAUCCUUGGUUUACUUUCCAUGAUGCAGGCAGAUAAUUUGAGUAGCCAGCAAAGAACUCUUUUUGAUGCAACGGUUAAGACCAGCAGCGUCCUCUCGACCUUGAUAAAUGAUGUAAUGGAUAAUUCAAUGAAGGAAAACGGAAGGUUCCCACUGGAGAUGAGGUCUUUCCGGCUACAUUCCAUGUUAAAAGAAGCUGCUUGCCUUGCCAAAUGCUUGUGCAUUUAUAGGGGUUAUGGUUUUGCCAUUGAGGUUGAGAAGUCAUUGCCAGAUCAUGUUAUGGGCGAUGAGAGAAGGGUGUUCCAGGUGAUUUUGCACAUGGUUGGUAAUCUUUUGAAUGGCAGCAAUGGAGGAGGGUGUUUAACGUUUAGGGUUGUUUCUGAAAGUGGCAGUCAGGGAAGAAAUGAUCAGAGAUGGACUGCCUGGAGAUCAAAUUCCUCUGACAGGUAUAUCUAUAUCAAGUUCGAGAUCGGGAUUAGAUAUAGUUGUUCUCAGUUCAAGGAAGUGAUUUUGACAGAACCGGUUGCUGGUCAGAGACACAGCAGUGAGCGAGUUGAGGAAGGCUUGAGCUUCAGCGUGUGCAAAAGACUAGUGCAGUUAAUGCAAGGGAACAUCUGUAUAGUCCCAAAUCGAGAGGAAUUUGAUCAAAGCAUGGCAGUUGUUCUUCAGUUUCAACUCAGGCCAUCCAUUGUUGUAGGCAUAUCUGAAACUGGAGAAUCUUCAGAGCACCCACAUUCCAGUUCUCUCUUCAGGGGCCUUCAAGUUCUGUUAGCUGAUUAUGAUGACGUGAACAGGGCAGUGACACGGAAACUACUUGAGAAACUAGGCUGUACGGUUUCCACAGUUUCAUGCGGAUAUGACUGCCUUAGUGCUCUUGGCCCAGCUGUAUCUUCUUUCCAAAUUGUUCUUUUAGAUCUUCACAUGCCUGACUUGGAUGGAUUUGAAGUUACAAACAGAAUUCGGAAGUUUCGAAGCCGUAGCUGGCCUUUGAUCAUUGGCUUAACAUCAAGUGCUGAUGAAGAUGUGUGGAAAAGAUGCUCUCAGAUUGGAAUGAAUGGAGUUAUUCAAAAACCAAUUCUUUUGCAAGGAAUUGCAGAUGAGCUUCGAAGAGUCCUGCUGCUGGCAAACAAAUUUGUGUGA